UUUUCCAGACCCGAAAUCGAAACACAACCCGCUAAUCAGCAGUCGGCCCUCCGCUUUUGUCUAGGGCUUUUUUGAACUCGUCUCUCUCUCCGUCGAGAAAAGGGAAAUUACUAUUCUACCCUUCUCUUCUUUUCUCUUUCUCCAUCUCUCUCUGUCUGUUCGAAUAUGAGAUUAUUCAGAUUGCGAGAUUAUGUUAUUAAUUAAGACUAUUAAUGUAAUAAUUGAAAAUUACAGAGAUUUUAAUUUCAGUUUUAUUUCCAGCUGCAUUUGCUUCCGUUAGUGUGAUUAGCGCUCUCUCUCUCUCUCUGAAUCUUUUUUCUUGCUUCUGCUGGAUUUCAUUUCUAGAGUCUCUACUCCUUCUGGAUUGAUUCUUGCUUCUUUCGGAGGUCGACACUGCUGCAUUUUUCAGGGCAAUUCUACUUCGUCUUCCUGCCAAGGUGGAGAGAGAUAGAGAGAGCCUAGUUCCUUAAAACCCAAAGAACAAAAUGUCUGUUUCCAUGAGAGAUUUGGAUCCUGCUUUCCAGGGAGCUGGACAGAAAGCUGGAUUGGAGAUAUGGCGCAUUGAAAACUUUCAUCCGGUCCCCAUCCCAACGACUUCAUAUGGGAAGUUUUUCACUGGAGAUUCAUAUGUGAUUUUAAAGACAACUGGCUUAAAAAGCGGUGCUUUUCAUCAUGAUAUCCAUUACUGGCUCGGUAAAGAUACUAGUCAGGAUGAAGCUGGAACUGCAGCCAUCAAGACCGUGGAACUGGAUGCAGCUCUUGGAGGACGUGCCGUUCAGUACCGUGAGGCACAGGGCCAUGAAAAUGAGAAAUUCCUGUCAUAUUUCAAACCAUGUAUCAUACCUCAAGAUGGUGGCGCAGCUUCCGGGUUCAAGCAUCACAAAGCUAAUGAGUACAAGACCCGUUUGUAUGUUUGUAAAGGAAAACAUGUCGUCCAUGUGAAAGAGGUCCCUUUUGCUCGAUCCUCACUCAAUCACGAUGACAUUUUCAUUUUGGAUACCGAGUCUAAGAUUUUUCAGUUCAAUGGGUCCAACUCAUCCAUUCAAGAAAGGGGAAAAGCUCUAGAAGUUGUCCAGUUCAUCAAAGAUAGCCAUCAUGAUGGGAAAUGUGAGGUAGCUGUUGUUGAGGAUGGAAAGAUGAUGGCUGAUGUUGAAGCCGGAGAAUUUUGGGGUCUCUUUGGUGGCUUUGCUCCACUUCCAAAAAAGGCAGCCAUAGACAAGGAUACACAAACUGAAGAGGCUCCUGCAAAGCUUCUCUGCAUCGAGAAAGGGCAACCAGAACCCAUUGAGGCUGAUUCCUUGACAAGAGAAUUGUUGGACACAAACAAAUGCUACCUGCUAGAUUGUGGGCUGGAAGUUUUCGUAUGGAUGGGUAGAAAUACUUCUCUUGAUGAGAGGAAAAGUGCCGGUGUGGUUGUAGAAGAGUUGCUCCGCGGCCCUGACCGGGCGAAGUCUCACUUCAUUCGCAUUAUUGAGGGAUUUGAGACAGUCAUGUUCCAAUCGAAAUUCGAUUCAUGGCCACAGACAGCGGAAACUGCUGUAUCUGAGGAUGGUAGAGGCAAAGUUGCAGCACUUCUGAAACGCCAAGGCCUUGAUGUCAAGGGCCUCCUGAAAGCUGCUCCGGAAAAAAAAGAACCUCAACCGUAUAUUGAUUGUACUGGCAAUCUGCAGGUUUGGCGUGUGAAUGGCCAGGAACAGACUCUCAUUCCAUCUUCCGAGCAGUCGAAAUUUUACAAUGGAGAUUGCUAUAUCUUUCAGUACACAUAUCCUGGAGAAGAUAAAGAGGAGUAUCUUGUUGGCACUUGGUUUGGGAACCAGAGCAUCGAGGAAGAGAAGGAAGCAGCAAUAUCACUUGCAAGCAAGAUGGUUGAAUCUCUGAAACUACUGGCUGUUCGGGCUCGCAUUUUUGAAGGGAAGGAACCUAUUCAGUUCUUUUCAAUCUUUCAGAGCUUUAUCAUGUUUAAGGGUGGUGUCAGCUCUGGCUAUAAGAACUACAUAACUGAGAAAGAAAUGACAGAUGAUACAUACACAGAAGACGGGAUUGCAUUGUUUAGAGUUCAAGGAUCUGGUCCAGAUAACAUGCAAGCAAUUCAAGUUGAACCGGUGGCAUCAUCGUUGAAUUCCUCUUAUUGUUAUAUAUUACAAAGUGGCUCUACUGUCUUUACGUGGUCUGGAAGCCUUACUACCUCAGAGGACCAUGAGCUUGUUGAAAGACAGCUAGAUCUGAUCAAGCCAAACAUGCAGUACAAACCACAGAAGGAAGGCACAGAAGCCAACAAGUUCUGGGAAUUGCUUGGAGGUAAAUCUGAAUUCCAGAGCCAGAAGAUUGGGAAGAAUACAGAAGGUGAUCCUCACCUAUUCGCUUGCACUUACUCAAAAGGCAAUUUAAAGGUCAAGGAGAUAUUCAACUUCGACCAGGAUGAUUUGAUGACUGAAGAUGUAUUCAUUCUGGACUGUAACUCAGAGGUCUUUGUUUGGAUUGGGCAGCAGGUGGAAUCCACAGUAAGAAUGGAAGCUUUGAAUAUUGGGGAGAAAUAUCUUGAGCAUGAUUUUCUUCUCCAAAGGUUAUCUCAAGAAACUCCUAUAUUUGUUGUCAUGGAAGGGAGUGAGCCGCCCUUCUUUACACGCUUCUUCAUCUGGGAUUCCGCAAAAUCUGCAAUGCAUGGAAACUCGUUCCAGCGGAAGCUUGCAAUAGUGAAGAAUGGGGUCAUUCCAAUUAUAGCCAAGCCUAAAAGACGGGCACCAGCAUCAUAUGUAGGAAGAUCAAGUGUGCCAGACAAAUCAUCCCAGCGUUCCAGGAGCAUGUCCUUCAGCCCCGACCGAGUCCGUGUAAGAGGCAGAUCUCCAGCCUUUAAUGCACUGGCCGCCAAUUUUGAGAGUGCAAGUACCAGGAAUCUUUCUACUCCACCUCCAGUAGUUAGAAAGCCCUAUCCAAAAUCUUCAACACCAGAAUUACUACCAGUGGCCCCCAGAUCAGCAGCAAUAGCAGCCCUCACUGCUUCUUUCGAACCAAUACAAGAAAAUAAAGUCCCAAAAACUAAUAAAGUGAGCACUGAGGCCUCUAAACUGAAACCAGUGGCAGAUUCCAGGGAGGACCCUGAUUCUAUGAGCAGUAGAAUUGAAUCCCUCACUAUACAAGAAGAUGUUAAGGAGGGUGAGGCUGAAGAUGAAGAAGGGCUUCCAAUAUUCCCCUAUGAACGCCUAAAAGUAUCAUCUAGUGACCCUGUUACGGAAAUCGACAUGACCAAGCGUGAGAUUUAUCUGUCUUCAGAAGAAUUCCGAGAGAAAUUUGACAUGACAAAGGAUGCUUUCUACAAGUUACCCAAGUGGAAGCAGAGUAAGCUUAAAAUGGCCCUCGAGUUGUUUUGAGUCUUCUGGUGCUUCUAGUUCCUCUUUGGGUCCCUGCAGCAGCCAGCAUCAUGCAGUAGAAAAAAACCACUUGCAAGAUGGGACCCAAACUCAAGUGCGAAGGGGACAGGUUCAGUGCCUAAGCGAAUUGCAUCAGUAUGACCGCCUGCCGAGUUUCCUCAAUUUUUUUCUUCCAUGCUGUUUGGAUAUCAGAUAACCAGCUUCAGUUUCCUUGGCUGUUUGGUGUUCUAAAUGAUUACAGGCUGGGCUAUAAGCUUUGCAUUUUUUGUCUAUUUUUUGCUAUUUGAUUUAGCAAUUGCUUCUAUCAGAAAGAUCUAAGAGAGGUUGCUUCAAGAUGCUAGUAUAUAGUUUGUAUUGGAGUAAUGAAAAUGUGUACAGCUGAGUGUAAGGAAAAAAAAAGUUGUUGCAUCGCCAGCCAACUCCAUGUUUGCUUCAGCAAUAGAGUCUCAGUGUUUCUUUCUA